CUCAUAGGUGGGAAACUACCUCCGUAUGUUCCGAGGUUCUCUGUACAAGAGAUACCCCUCACUCUGGAGGCGACUAGCCACUGUGGAAGAGAGGAAGAAAAUAGUUGCAUCGUCACAUGAUCACGGAUACACAACUCUAGCCACCAGUGUGACCCUGUUAAAAGCCUCGGAAGUGGAAGAGAUUCUGGACGGCAAUGAUGAGAAGUACAAGGCUGUGUCCAUCAGCACAGAGCCCCCCACCUACCUCAGGGAACAGAAGGCCAAGAGGAACAGCCAGUGGGUACCCACCCUGCCCAACAGCUCCCACCACCUGGAUGCCGUGCCAUGCUCCACGACCAUCAACAGGAACCGCAUGGGCCGGGACAAGAAGAGAACCUUCCCCCUUUGGUGCGGAUGUGUCGCUGCGCUCACCCUCCGUGCUGAUUCUCCCUUAGUUCUCCACUUUGAUGACCACGACCCAGCUGUGAUCCACGAGAACGCAUCUCAGCCCGAGGUGCUGGUCCCCAUCCGGCUGGACAUGGAGAUCGAUGGGCAGAAACUGCGAGAUGCCUUCACCUGGAACAUGAAUGAGAAGUUGAUGACACCUGAGAUGUUUUCAGAAAUCCUCUGUGACGAUCUGGAUUUGAACCCGCUGACGUUUGUGCCAGCUAUCGCCUCCGCCAUCAGACAGCAGAUCGAGUCCUACCCCACGGACAGCAUCCUGGAGGACCAGUCAGACCAGCGCGUUAUCAUCAAGCUGAAUAUCCAUGUGGGAAACAUUUCCCUGGUGGACCAGUUUGAGUGGGACAUGUCAGAGAAGGAGAACUCGCCAGAGAAGUUUGCCCUGAAGCUGUGCUCGGAGCUGGGGUUGGGCGGGGAGUUUGUCACCACCAUCGCAUACAGCAUCCGGGGACAGCUGAGCUGGCAUCAGAAGACCUACGCCUUCAGUGAGAACCCUCUGCCCACAGUGGAGAUUGCCAUCCGGAACACGGGCGAUGCGGACCAGUGGUGCCCGCUGCUGGAGACGCUGACAGACGCCGAGAUGGAGAAGAAGAUCCGCGACCAGGACAGGAACACGAGGCGGAUGAGGCGUCUCGCCAACACAGCCCCGGCCUGGUAACCAGCCCAUCAGCACGCGGCUCCCACGGAGCAUCUCAGAAGAUUGGGCCGCCUCUCCUCCAUCUUCUGGCAAGGACAGAGGCGAGGGGACAGCCCAGUGCCAUCCUGAGGAUCGGGGUGGGGGUGGAGUGGGGGCUUCCGGGUGGCCCUUCCCGGCACACAUUCCAUUUGCUGAGCCCCAGUCCUGCCCCCCACCCUCCCCGCCCCUCCCCAGUCUCUAGGGUCAGGAAGAAACCUUAUUUUAGGUUGUGUUUUGUUUUUGUAUAGGAGCCCCAGGCAGGGCUAGUAACAGUUUUUAAAUAAAAGGCAACAGGUCAUGUUCAAUUUCUUCAAA